UGAUUUUGAUGUCACUUCACUCUGACACGGUAAAUAAAUGCUAGAAGCAGUGCCAGACAGAACAAGAGCUGACUCCAAGUCCUCCUGAGCUUCGGGCAUGAUCACUGUCUUCUUUACCGCCCUCCCUGGGCUGCUUUUGCUCCCUCUAUUGCUGAGCUUUAUCUUUCCCUACGUCUACCAUGACAUCGCCCACUUCAUCGCUAUUUUGCGCUCUGGUAGAAAAUAUCAGAAGAAAAGCCCCUCAUACACAGUGGUGGACAUCUUUCUGGAGCAUGUGGAGAAACACCCUGACAAACCGUUUAUACUCUUUAAAGACGAAGUAUAUACUUACUCCCAGACUGACAAGCUGAGCAACCAGGCAGCCAGGGCUCUGAGGAAACAUGCUGGGGUCAAGUCAGGGGACUGCGUGGCUCUCUUCAUGGGCAAUCUACCCGCUUACGUCUGGAUCUGGCUGGGGUUGGCUAAACUGGGCUGCUCUAUGUCUUGCCUCAAUAGUAACAUCAGGGCGAAUUCCCUAUUACAUUGCUUCAAGUGCUCUGGAGCUAAGAUCAUCAUAGCUGAAGCAGAGCUCCGGGAAGCCAUUGAUGAAGUAUUACCUGCUCUCAAGAAAGAAAAUGCAAAAGUAUUUUACCUGUCUGAAACCCCCAUCUCUGAGGAGACUGACACCUUCCUCGACAAAGUUAAAGCUGCAUCUAAUGAUUCCGUUCCAAAAUCACUGAGGUCAUUUAUUACCAGCAAAACCCUUGCUAUGUAUAUUUACACUUCUGGAACUACAGGGCUACCGAAGGCUGCUAUUAUAAACCAUGGUCGUUUGAUUAAGAGUUCUACCAUAUUUAAUGUUUGCCACGUCAAUGCAAAGGACAUUAUAUAUACUCCUCUCCCGCUCUACCACAGCUCUGCCCUCAUGAUUGGAAUCCACGGCUGCAUCGGUAUAGGUGCAACAGUGGUCUUACGUCAGAAAUUUUCAGCCAGCCAGUUUUGGGAUGACUGCAGAAAGUACAACGUAACCGUAAUACUAUACAUCGGGGAGGUGCUGCGAUAUAUCUGUAAUGUCCCAAAGAGUGACGAUGAUGCCUCACACAAUGUAAGGCUUGCUAUAGGAAAUGGUCUCCGCACUGAUAUCUGGGGUGAAUUUCUGAGAAGAUUUGGUGACAUUCGAAUGCUGGAAUUUUAUGCAUCAACUGAGGGAAAUAUUGCAUUCAUCAAUUACACAAACACAAUUGGUGCAGUUGGAAGAGUAAACUACUUGCUUAAGAAAUUUCUACCAUUUGAAUUUAUUAAAUAUGAUAUUGAAAACGAUGAGCCAAUCAGAGAUGCUAAGGGCCGAUGUAUCAAAGCUCGAAAAGGGAAGCCUGGGCUUCUGAUCGGUAAGAUUACAGAUCGCGCUCCUUUUGGUGGUUAUGCCGGAGAAAAAUCACAAACAGAAAAGAAGCUACUUAGAGAUGUGUUCCGCAAAGGGGACCUUUAUUUCAACACUGGUGACCUAUUGGUGGUUGACGAACAAAACUUCAUUUAUUUUCAUGACAGAGUAGGAGAUACUUUUAGAUGGAAAGGAGAAAAUGUUGCUACCACAGAGGUUUCUGAUAUUCUGAGCCUCCUGACCUUCAUUGAAGAAGUGAAUGUAUUUGGAGUACCUGUUCCACAACAUGAGGGUCGGAUAGGAAUGGCUACUCUCCGACUGAGAGACGGAUUUGAAUUUGAUGGGAGGAAGCUGUACGCUCAUGUUAGAGACUUCCUACCAAACUAUGCAAGACCUCGCUUUGUUAGGAUACAGGAUGCCUUGGAGACUACAGGGACCUUUAAACAGCGCAAAGUGGGACUUAUAGAAGAAGGAUUCGAUCCAUCUCAUAUAUCUGAUCCGCUCUACUUCUUGGACGAACGAGAAAAGAAAUAUGUCCCCAUGACUCAAACAAUUUUUAAUGAUAUAAAAGAGAAAAAACUCAAGUUGUAAGACAUCUUACAGAAACUUGAAUACUUGGACAUUUAUCUCUGAUCAGCUGAUUUUUUAGUAGAAAGUUUAGCUAGUUUGUUUUACAUUAAAAUCAGUUGUUAAUAUAACACUGUUUGUCCUUUCUUAGGAGGGUAUCUUGGUAACACAGAGUAAAAUCCACAAGGAUAACAUUAAGCAGCCCAGUGGGACCAAUUUAUAAAUUCUGGCCCUCCUGUAUUAGUAACAAAAAUAAACAACACCAGUUACAUGUGUUGUAAUACACCUGCAAUACUCAGCACUGCUCACUUCAGAGUAAUCCUUGUAAUAUAUUACAAAGUAUGAGUGCCCAUAUUCUUAUAUUCAUAGGAAUAUAAAUGCAGUUCCUGGUUUAUAAAUACAUUUAUUAAUGGAGUUUUUUGACAGAAUCUCAAACCUACACACACACACAUAUAUAUAUAUAUAUAUUUUUUUUUUUUUUCUCACUAUCUCAAUUUGCCCACUAGACAGCAACCUCACAUAAACAGCCUGAGAGGCUCUGUUAUUCUGCUAUGUUUAGUCACCAUUCUGUCUCACUCAACGUGAUGAUUGUGAAUGCCCUUGGUUAUAUACAGAACACUUCUACCUGCUUGUGCGCACACUACAGCUUUGGUAGAUCAAAAAUGUCAUCAGGAUUGCAAUAUUUUACAAAAGCAGUUCUCAAUUCCUCUCAUAACAUUAUUAUUUCUCCUUACAUAGCACUUUUUUUUUUCUUCUCAAAUACCUGGUUUGUUCUCCAGUGAUCAUUCCAAAUCCCUUUGGUAUUAAUUUAUGUAAGUUUUUAUGGAUACAACAGGGACAUAGAGCUACCAAAACAAACCUGCAUGUGUGAAAGUCACAAUUAUACACUGCAAAUUAGGGUACUACCUAUAAAUAGCUUGCUAAACAGAGUCCUCUGAGAAAAAAUACUUGAGAAGAUAUAGAAAAAAAACUUCAGUUGUAAGAAAGACGUGUAUACUGCAUUUAUCAAAUCUGUUGGCAUUUUUUUAUUGCAAAGCACAAUCAAUUUAAAUUACAUGUAUUUUACUCACUUGUUCAUCUCAAGUUCUUACUAGUUUAAAAUGGAGUAUUCACAUACAGAGGGCAGAUUCUGACAUUUUUACCAUUGGAGGUUAAAAAAAUAAUUUUAAUAUCUGUGUUUUAUUGUUUAAAACUGUUGUUAAAUUUUGUUUUGGAUUCAGAUAUGUUCAUUUUGUUGUUGUUUUUUAAGUUAUGUAUUUUGCUUCAACAACUUUGCAAAAUAAAUAUAUUUUUGAAUCCCUUCUCA